AAAUUCCUUCAUUCUCUCUCUCUCUCUGUCUCUCCCCCUUCUGUAAAAAUUCCUUCAUUCUCUGUCUCUCCCCCUUCUGUACAAAUUCCUUCAUUCUCUGUCUCUCCCCCUUCUGUACAAAUUCCUUCAUUCUCUGUCUCUCCCCCUUCUGUACAAAUUCCUUCAUUCUCCAUCUCUGUACACAGUCUCUGCCAACUCUGUGGUAUUCUUGCUGAGAACAGGCAGCUCCGCAGGCAGCACGACCUCUCAUCGAGGACCCCGGUAACCAUGGUGCGCAAGCUGAAGUACCACGAGCAGAAGCUGCUGAAAAAAGUCGAUUUUAUCUCCUGGGAGGUGGACAAUAACCUGAGCGAAGUGAAAGUGCUACGCCGGUACCGCAUCCAGCGCAGAGAGGAUUACACCAAGUACAAUAAGCUGAGCCGAGAAGUUCGAGAAUUGGCACGCAAGAUCCGAGACCUUAAUGAGAAAGACUCCUUCCGAGUCAAGUGCACUAGCCGACUACUGGAAAAACUAUACUCAGCAGGCCUGAUCCCCACAAAGCAAGGUCUACACCUUUGUGAGAGAGUGUCAGCAUCAUCUUUCUGCAGGAGGCGUCUCCCCACUAUUAUGGUGAAACUUCGGAUGGCUCAGAAUCUAAAAGCAGCAAUUACCUUCAUUGAACAAGGACAUGUGCGAGUUGGACCAGAAGUAGUAACUGAUCCAGCCUUCCUGGUGACAAGAAAUACAGAAGACUACAUAACCUGGGUGGACUCCUCAAAAAUCAGACAGCAUGUAAAAGAAUACAAUGAAGAGAGAGAUGACUUUGACCUGGUUGUCUAGUUCCAUACCUCCUGUGCUGGUUGCCCUGUGCAUUGCUUGGUUUAAGUAAUGUGAAUAUCACCUUUGGUGACCUAUAAUGACUACAAUCCCCAUUGGUGAAGCAUCCUAACUCCAGACUAUAUAUCGAGGCUAUACCACAGAAUGACAGAAUUAUGAAGUUCUCAGCGGUUAUAAUCAGCCUCCAAGGAAUGUCCAUUUUAUCUCUACCCUCACACUUUUGGUAUUGCAAUAUAAACUCCAAAAUGCUCAAAUUUUUCAGUAUGGUUGACUCUCUCUAAUUAGUUACAAUAAUUUACUUGUUCAGUGUUGGCAAAGUUCGUGUGAAAUUUAGAUGCUUCAUUUAAUGGAUCUCAAUAAGUGACCCAUCAUAGAGCCUUAUCAUUCGCCACCGUAUUAUCUUUAUUUUACUAGUUUAAUCAAGAAAGUUUCUGUGAACCAUUCCUUUAAACAUACUAUAACCAGCACACUGACCUCAUGCACCCUAACCGAUAGCACGUAUGUUGUGUCAAUGCAAUCCAAUCAUUCAUCUAAUGGUUCUGAAAUAUGAGCCCACAAGGAAAAAAAUACUGCGUGGCAAUCUUGCCAAUGAGUUCAAGUACAAACAUAUUCAAAAAAUGAAGAUCAACAGUCCUGUUUUUUGGAACUGUUUGGUAAUUAUAUUGGAGGCCAGUGCUCAAUCAGCUGAUAAAUGGCAUCAUUGCCCACAGGGCUUAAAGAAGUUGAAUUCCAUGUACUAGAGACCAAGUCAGGCAUGAACCCCAACCCUGUCUACUCUUUCACACACGCUCGCACGCACAUACACACACAUGCUAUCCUAAGACGACGGACAACAUUCUCCAGUCCCAAACGUUGCAUCAAAAUCUGAAGUUGCUUACUCAGGAGAGAAGAUUAUAUUUGCUUUAAGCACUGUUUCCUGAACCCUCAUUAAGUAUUGAGGGGGAUUGAAACAUCAAUGUGUUGAUAAUGCUGAAUGGACGUCCUAAUUGUGUUUGAGACUGAUGUUUCAGCUUCAGAUGUAUUUGUUAUUUUCAGCAUAGCGAAGUGUUGCAGCAUCUUCUGAUGGUGUUUUUCAUUUUUUUUAAAGCAUUGCAACAAAUAAAUUUCUACUUGUUCAUAU